AUGGAAGCCGACCGAGCCAAGGUUUUUGAGGCACUAGGAGCCUAUCGCGCGCACGUCGCGUCCCAGAUCCGGAAGAACAUGGGGCUGUAUGUGGAGUAUGUCUCGAGGCAGUUGCCGCUGGACCAGGACUGGACAGACGAAGAAAUCAAUAAUGCCCGCAUGGAAUACCUCAAAGAACGAUUGGGACUCGGCGAAUUCGUUGAGGUCAUCAGGUUGCCGGAGGAUGUUCUUACCCAUUGGGAUGAGAUAGCCCAGUUGAGCGGAAUGGACAGUACAAUCAGCCCAGACCCGGCAAACGGCGCUCUGCUCCUGUUUGCCUACGUACCUCACAUGGAAGAGGCUCUGCGGAAAAAGUCGCACGAAGACAUCAGAGACGCGAUCAGAUUUCCCACAGAGCUCCGCGUCGUGGCCGAGGAAGUCCACGGCCUGAUUGGCCCCGGGAUGCCGUAUCACAACCACCAGCAGCUGACCUUCUGGUCUCUGAUAAUGGACGCGCGCCGGGUCGAGACACCGGAAGAGUUGGAAGACGAGACAGGGCUGAACGGCUGGGACCCUCAAGGCUGGACGAUGGGAGGCGGGUGGAACUCGGGGGAUGGGCAGGACGCCUCGUGUUGCGUGGUGUACUGCCAAUCCUGGGCCGCGCUCAAUGAGUCUCUUGGAGGCCGACUGCUGCAGCCGGCUGCUCCUGGAGCUGUCUGCCAUCCCGGAGAACCGACCUACGACGCCGACCGGUGCGCCGCCGCGCAGGCCGGAUGGAGCCGCUUCGACUUCCACAAGGCCGACCCCGUCUCCGUCAUGUGGGACAACUGGAGCAAUGACACCUGCCUCCCUGACGCGGCUUAUCUGUGUCGCGCUGACGGAUACUCUGCGUUCGUCGUGAACGCGACCACGCCGGAGCACGUCAAGUUUGGUGUUGACUUUGCGCGGGAGAAUAAUGUGAGGUUGAUCAUCAAAAGUACGGGGCACGAUUACCUAGGCCGCUCUUUUGCUCCGGGCUCUCUUUCGAUCUGGGUGCACCACAUGCAAGAUGUGCAGUACCACGGCGCUGGGUUCCAACUUGCCGGAAGCGAUAUCGCCAUCGAGGGGAACGCCGUCACCGUCGGGGGCGGCACCGAGCUGUACAACGCGCAGAAGGCCCUGGCCGAGCAUGGGCAGGCCAUCGUCGGCGGCGGGUGCGGGACGGUGGGAGUCGGCGGGUUCACCCCCGGAGGCGGCCACUCGCUACUGGGACCGCGGUACGGCAUGGCGGCGGACAAUGUUCUGCAGAUGGAGAUCAUCUCGCCCAAGGGCGAGAUCAUGACGAUCAACGAGGCGCAGAAUAUGGAUCUGUUCUGGGCUAUGCGCGGUGGCGGCCCCGGCACGUUCGGCGUCAUCACAUCCAUCACCUUCUCAACGCACCCCUCGCCUGUAAUCACUCAUACCUUCUGGGCCGUCAGAACCGAGCCCGACGCUCCCUACCUACCCGCGCUCACGGCGUACGUCCUCUCCCAGAUGCCCGCGCUCGAACGCGCCGGCAUGUCCAUGUACUGCACCUCCUCGCGCGUGCUCAUGGGCAACCCCUUCCCGGUACAAAGCCUGCCGGCGCAGAUCGCAGGCAUGAUGGGCGUCGCCCUGCUGCAAGACCAGCCGGACUCAGAAGCGAUGCAGGAGCUCUGGCAGCCCAUCAACGCAACCAUCGCCGCGCGCUGGCCCGAGGCCGUGUUCGUGCUGCAGACGGAACAGUUCGCGUCGUGGUUCGACUGGUUCGACAAGUACCGCGACGCGCGGCCCGUGGGGUACCACCUCAUCUUUGCAUCGCGACUGCUCGACGAGGCGGCUCUGACUGAGGAUGUGGACGCGCUGGCGGCGGCGGUUGGGACGGCCACGGAGAGGGUGGGACGCGUGACGGCGUUUUUGGUCUCGGGGAGGGGUGUGCACGAGGCGAUGCCGCGAGGGGGUGGGAAUGCGGUGCAUCCGGCUUGGAGGAGGGCGUAUGUCCACGCGAUGGCGACGACCCAGUUCCCUGCGAUGAAUGCCACGGCUAAACGGGAGGCGAUUGAGCUUGUUGAUGCGGCGGCGGAGGGGUUGCGGGAGUUGGCUCCCAAUAUGGGGUCUUAUAUCAACGAGGGCUCUGUGUAUGAAAAGGACUGGCAGCAGGCCUACUGGGGAGCCAACUACGAGCGACUUCUCAGUAUCAAGAAGACCGUCGACCCGGAAGACGUGCUCUGGUGCGAGCCUUGA